CCGAGUGGUAGCAGCAUCAGUCUCUCGCGAACCUUCAUAGCAGAACGUUCUUUGCAUAACGUUAUUCGAUACGAAAGAUACUCCCACGGAAUAGUGAGGAGUUUGAUCAAGUAAAAAAGUGUCACAUAAAAAAAAAAUCUACCUAGACUCGCAUGGGUCCAUAGAAAAAUAUGUAACCACAAUGACCGCAGGGAGCAAGUGAUUUACUAGGUUUGCGCGUGAAAAUGACAAGAGACUUGGAAGGAAAAAAAUAAAUUUUUAUGAACACGGGUGAAUUUAAAUUCGAGGGGAACGAUCAUGUGGAUUGCUUGGUUAUUUUUGUUCUACGUCACAGGAAUAAGUGCGGCCUUAGUCGAGCCGCAGAGUAUCAGCGUGAAUUCGCCGAUAAGAAAUGAAGUAGGAAGAGGACGUGAAAGUGAUCGAAUCAGACGAUACGCGUGUCCAAUUGGUUUCUUUCGAAUAAAUAGGCAAUGUUAUUAUCUGAGUGGUGGUAAGGCGCCUUGGAGGGAAGCCUACUUUCACUGCAAGGACAGGAAUGCUACUUUGGCAGUCUUGAAUAGGAGCAAAGAUCGGACCUUGAGAAAUUAUUUGUUGGGAGACCGCUUUACGAAACUCGAGCGAUGGAUAGGCGGCAUAUUCAACUGGCGAAAAGGAGACUGGGAGUGGGGAGUUUCCGGUGAGAAAAUGGAGUUCAUGAACUUUCCAAAAUCAAACGAGAAGGACAACAAUCAUUUAGCUUGGCAUUGUGCAGUGAUGGAUCCCAUUUUGAAAUAUAAAUGGAAUCAGAGAAAAUGUAUUGAGCCGAAACACUAUGUUUGUCAAGUACCCGCUGGUGGAUUAAGAAGGAGACGUAAGAAGAACUUGAACGCUCCUCAAAACCAAAGAUUGAAACCACGUAGAAAGGGCAAGAAACGUAUACCAAAAAGGCCACCGGUAGUUCACGGUAACUGGAAUAGGACCCAGACAGAUCGGAGAAGAGAUUGGGACCAAGAAAAUGCGAACCAGGACUGGGCUCACGGUGUCAAUCUUGGCUACAGACCACCACCCUUAACAAGAAUGGCCCCCGGUGCAAGGCCCAGCGAUCGUUUGAGACGCCGAAAUGAGACUCUACUGGGAAGGCGACACCCUCCGCUGUCGCAGAUUAUACCAAGAGGCACGGAAUAUGGUGGAUUCGUCGGCGACAGUCCAAUUAGAUCUGGAAAUCAAGCUCAGGGAUUCGUCGACGUGAAUAAUGUCUUGUCCCAAUCUGACACACGGAUAAAUGACAUUUCGCUUGAAGAAGUUCUUUUCAAAACUUAACACGUUAACAAGUUCGCCGGUCGUUGCGACCCAUACGUGGAGAGAAACAUAGCUGUCACCCAUAUAUGGGUGGACUUUGCGGUCAAUGUAUUAAAUAAGUGUACUCCGUUCGUGUAUCGCUUUGGAACUUGAAAGUGUACCAAGGUCGUUGAGUGUCCUGGCGCAAAAUGCACGUGGCUUUUAAAAUUUUGACGAUUCCGCGUAGACUGAUAUAUAAUUUAUUAUGUGAAACCUAAUCCUAGCAGGUACGGAAGCCGUAUCUGUAUAGUGAUUGAUAACAAUAUAGAAGGAGAUGAAUAAAAAUACUCUACUCCACUUGACAGUUUGUCUCUUGAUAAUGCUUCUUCAAUGUAAAAAAUGCCAAUGUCAAUGAACCAGAAGUUAUCGGCAAGAUGAUGAUUCGAGUAAAUCAUUUAAAUUCUCUCAAUCUUUAUCAUUCUAUUAAAAUAGCUCGAGGUAACUAUACACGUAAAAUCAUAUGUGACGAUUCAUUCAUCUUAUCAAAUUAAUGCAUUCUCCAAUCGCAUUUGGAUGCUGAACCAAAUCAGCAUUGAACUAGUUGUGUAUCGUGAUGUCAUAGUGCGUUAAGCACAGAGAUGUUUAAUGUCAGAAAUUGCAUCAGUUUAAUUAUUCAGUACAUUGCUUUGCGUGUAAAUACGUUGGCUAGAUGCACGUGCCAUCGUUAUAUAAUAUGUGUAAACGCCAGUUUAAUGUCAAAUGCAUACGUGUAAUAAAA